AUGGGUAUCAAAGGGAUUUACAAAGAGAUCGGCCCCGGCCAGCGCAUAUCACUCACCAAGCUGGCUAUCGAUCACCUGGAACAGACAGGCCGCCCUCUGAAAGUGGCCAUUGAUAUUUCCAUAUGGCAGUUUCAAGUUCAAGCAGCAAAAGGUGGCUCAAAUCCAGCAAUCAGGACGCUCUUCUAUCGCCUACUUCGCCUGCUGAGUCUUCACAUCCACCCCAUCUUUGUUUUUGACGGUCCAAACAAGCCCGUCUUCAAGCGCAACAAGCGAUCCGGUCGUGGCAAUGGCGUGGCUGCCUCCAUGGCCAAGCGAAUGAUCCGGCUGUUUGGGUUCCAAUCACACGAUGCGCCUGGCGAGGCUGAGGCAGAGUGUGCAUUUUUACAACAGAACGGAAUUGUCGACGCUGUCCUCUCUGAAGAUGUGGAUACCAUCAUGUUUGGUUGCACCAAGACCAUGAGAAAUUGGUCGGCCGAGGGCAAAGGGAAAACACCAACACACAUAUCAAUGUACGACACUGCUCAGCUGAAGCAGGGCGGAUCUGGUCUCGACAGGGAGGGCAUGGUCUUGGUCGCUCUUAUGAGUGGUGGCGACUAUUUGCCCGAGGGCAUACCGGGUGCCGGAGUUAAGCUGGCUUGCGAAGCCGCGCGGGCCGGUUUUGGCAAAUCUCUCUGCCGUUUGAAGCGAUCUGAUAUCCAUGGUCUCAGGGAAUGGAAGGACAAACUGAAGCACGAAUUGGUCACCAACGAGAGCCGCCUUUUCCGCACAAAGCACAAAGCUUUGUCUGUUCCCGAUGACUUUCCAAACCUCGAAGUUUUGGGUUACUAUACGCACCCAGUAGUUUCUCCCCUAUCACACAUCGAGAGAUUUCGGAACAAAUCGUGGGACAAUCCAUUGGACAUUGUGGGCUUACGAGAGUUUGUCCGCGAGACCUUUGAUUGGGAGUACCAGGGCGGCGCCAUCAAGUUUAUCCGCGUGUUGGCACCCUGUCUAUUGGUCAAGAAGAUGAUGCAGCUUCAUGCUGAUCGCGAAGGCCGGAAUUGCGAAGUGGAGGAUUUGCAGAGAGAAGAGAGUCGACUCGCCCGUGCUAUUACAAAUCGACGAGAACACAUCAGCACAGACGCAACUCCCGAGCUCCGAGUAUCCUUUACGCCCACGGAGAUAGUUGGAUACAGUUUUGAGGAAGAGCCAGAAGAAGAGAUUGCUUUUGGCAGGGAUGGUAUUGCCCUCAACAGCGACGAUGAAUUUGAUGGCCUUGGAGACGAAGACGGUUCAGCUGCCAAAGUUGGGCCAAAGAAACCUUUCAAUCCCACUGAGCCAGAUUUAUCCUGGAUACCCGAGACAAUAGUCAAGAUUGGUCUGCCACUCAUGGUAGAAGACUGGGAAGAGUCCCAACGAGUAAAGGCUGCGAAGAAGACCAAGACAAAGGUAUCAAAAACAAGAGCAACGGUCAAGCUCGGGGGGAUGCAGGCAGGGGCCUUGGACAAAUUUGUCAAGGUUAGCAAAGACAUCCCGGCAACUAUGAAGGGGCUCGAGACUUUAGACAACAGUUCACUUGCAUGCAGCACAAGAGCCCGCAAUCCUCUUGGAUCAUUCCCAGCUACUUCACAAAAACAGCCGGUGUCAACUCAGAGCGAAUUGGCUUGCAAAUCAACAAGGCCGUCCACAACACAUAGUAAGCAGUCCACCAGAUCCGCAAAGAGUCCCAAGGGAAAAGGAGCCAAAGCCGCACCACCGGAUCCAACGGUAAACCCGUGGUCGAUAGCAAGCUCACGAUUGCCUAGCAAAUGCAACUCGCAGCCUGCUGCUAAUACCAUCACGACAUCUACCGAGGCCAUACUUAUUGCAUCAAGCCCCCUUACAUCGCCUGUUAAGCAUGCUCGCCCGCGUCUGAGCCGAGAGGGUUCCUCAGCGUCGGACAGACAGAGCUCUCCCAGGUCUUCGCCAAGUCCGCAUAAACGCAGAUCUGGCACUCCUGUGGACGGGACUCUGGAUGGAGGUGUAUUCAACCAUGAAUCCAGACCUUCCAGUCCUGUUGCCCGACAAGGUGUUGUCGCAUCCCGUCGAAAGCUGGCUAGGACUGAAUCCAUGCCUGCCGAUUCCCCCAGAGGAACCAAAAAUCAUGAUGUCUUUGCAUCCCAACGGGCGCCUCUUUCUAGAGCUAGCACCAUAUCUGUAGAGCCACAUCUCGGGGGGUUUGAUGGCUCGGACGACGACAACGACGACGACGAUUUUGGCCUCCCUCCUCUGAGUUCCUUUGCGGGCCGUAUCCCAAAGGCACCAUCUUUGCCUGCUUCACCACGGCCAUCCUUUACCAUGCCUGCAGAUGCGAUGGAAUCCAUUACGGUAGACAGCUCGCCUGUCCUAUCGCACAAAACGCGAACUUCUCUCGGGCCUAAACCACCCGCCACCUCUACUGUCCCUCUGACCAAGUCCAAGCAGAAGACAGCAGCCACAACGACAAAAGCAAGCAAGAAACAAGGCAAGCUCGAUAACACGUUUGGUUUGCGCACGACCAAGGUAUACGCACCGCGCAAGAGCAUGCCCGGGUUCUUUAGCGAGAUGGAGAUUGUGGUGGAUGAAACGGACGGAAAAGAGCCGGCUCGAGGCAAUAGCCGUCGAUGGCGACAGAGCGAUAUAAGCUUUGUGGAUUUGACUGAUGACUAA